GCUGCUGCAUUCGUCAUUCUGUGAGCUUUGCCCAUGCUGAGACUCAUCACUCUGUCCCCAACACCACUCCGUCUCUUCGGCCCACGCCAGUCCUCGCAGUCCUCUUGGCCUCUCACCUGUCCCAACGACUGCUUCCUUCAUCGCUGCUCGUCAGACGACUAUCUUAAGCGAGCCGAUUUCGUCGAUCAGUCUUGAGCCCAUCCAUCCAUCAUACUCGCCGCCCUGUCAAGAGAGAGGUGCACCGCGCAGAUGUCAAACAUGCACAGCUCGGCGCACAGCAGCAGCGCUUCUCCCGCUGCCUCCAUAGGAGCCAGUCAAUCCUUUCAAGCCUCGACCCCCACGGCCUCAGGUAGCAGCUCGUUGCGCAAACGAGGGCACGCAAGAAGAACGUGCAUAGAGUGCAGGACCAAACGUACCCGAUGCGAUCUUCCCGACCCAUCCGUGCCCUUUUCCGAAGAUCCAUUGCCACCUGCAAAGACUUGCCAUAGGUGCAAGACGCUAGGCGUAGACUGCAUCGUCUCACAAGAAGGUCUCAAGCGGCAAAAGAAACAGGCGCGGGAAGGGCAUGCUGCGGGGGUCGUCAAGAGCACCGAGGGCGCUUUCAAUAGCCCAGAGGCGGCAGCACGAGGUGUGAAGCGAAAAGAGCAGGACAUCGACACCUCACCAGCAGCAGCAGCAGCACAUGCAACUCAAGCCAGGAAGCGGGCUUCGGUGGCGACGUCGGGUAAAACGAGAGAGGGUGAGGAUGAGGAGCAUGGCAAGCAGGCUGCUGCCGCUUCAUCUUUGCUAUCGCGUCACCCUUCCUCCGCCGCACCACCCAGCGCUCGCCCCGAUGGUACUGAUGUUUCGAGACGCUCCGAGGGCGGAUCACCCAUCGAAGGACCUGCUACGAGCGGAGCAUCCAAAGCCAUCUUCAUCGGUCCAUUCUGUGAUACCAUCUCCGCUUACGUGGCAGCUGCUAGCAGCGAUAGGAGAUCAGCCUCCAACUCUCCCUUGGAUCGCAGGAUAGGUCUCCCUGGACUAGCGGCAGGUAACAGCAUCUCUGGGUCUAGCUUGACGCUUCCCGAUCUGACCAGCGCGCCGAGGACGACCCGGAUCAGCUUCGGGCCGCCGAAAGAGCGCAUGACGUCGGCCAAGAUGUUCGCUCGAAGACCCUUGAUGCUGCUCAGCGAAAUGCUGCAGCAUCACGAAGGUUUCGGAUCCAAAUUGCAUCUGAGCACAAAGGAUUGCCCUGACGAUGUGCUGAGCAUCGUGAACGAUGGACUGGCAGCCAAGCUGGAGCCCCGCAUGCAAACGCAUUUGGUCUUUCUGCCUGCUCUACCCGAUCCAGCCGUGCUGCGCCAAGCGCACAAGAGCAAACCUACAGUCUGGUCCGGCUUGCUGCUCGCUGUGCUCUACCUGAUCUCCGAACCGAUGCGGGAGAGUACAGACUCUGGAAAGACUUUGAUGGCGCUCAUUGCUCGAGACGCUGCCUGCGUCAUGGCUUCUGCUCCGCGCGACAGGCACGCCAUUGCUGCGCUCGAGCUCUUGGCACUGCACAUUCCGCUCGUCCUAGCUCAAGCAUCGUGCGUUCGCGGAUCUCAUCUGCGUCCAGAGAUGCGCGUUACGGGAGAAGGCUUCAUUUCGGUCGCGAUCAGCAUAGCUAGGUCGAUGGAUCUGCACCUCGCACCGCAAGAAGUGUUGGAGCUGCAAAAGGAGAUUCAGGCUCUGCCUCGGCUUUCUGCUUUGAUCACUGAUCAGGAGCGAUCAGGGUAUCAGAGGGAAAGAGAAGAGCUGGACACGCUGCUCAGAGCUGCGGUGGAUGACGCUGCGCAGUGGUACAGCCUGUGCUGCUGGAGAGCACACGCCGCUUUCGCAGAUCACGCCGUGCUGGAUCCACCGCCUGCUGCGGAAGGUGUGAGCGCCGUGCAGGUGCUCUGCUCCUCCAUCGCAUCUGGAGGCGGUGGUCAUGGAGAUGUCGAGCGGACAUCGCGAGCGCUUCAGGCCAUAGGGAGAGCGGGUCUGGCUGGAAGGAUCGACUUUUUGGAGCUCAUCAUACGAUCUUGGCACACGCUUGCUCACGACACUUUUGCGGUGGAGCAGGAAGUAAAGCUGUACGAUGAUGCGUUGGAAAGAGCAGCUAGCGGUAUUUCGAGCUGUGUGCACAAGCACUGCGACAAGUUCGAGGUGGAGGAAGAGGCCCUGAGCGAAUCGCGCGAACGUCUCUUGUGUGAGUCGCGCAUGCAUGCGGUCCAGCAAUCUAUACGGGAAAAGAUUGAUUUCUGAUCUGUUUCCUCGGUAUCCUGCGCUCUCAGCGGAGUUCAAGUCCAAUCCUCACACACAGCGACUCAUGCACUGGCUCGACAUGGAGACCUACUCUUUCAAAUCGAUGUUUCUCAAUUCUGGCUUCAAGCG